AUAUCAGGACCCUUGAUGAACUCUGAAAAUUAUGCAAAACAGAAGAGUACAUUUGCAAAUGAUCCUUUUGUGGGGCAGUCGGGUGGAUCUUCUUCGACGCAAGUUGCUGUUUCUUGCAGUCGUGAUGCUUUUGCUGGUAGUGAGGUCAACCCACAAUGUUCUCACGCAACCUUGCUAGCCCUGGAGCAUUGCAAAAAUGUUCAAGUCGGCAGAGAAGUCCUGUUGAACCUGUUUACCCUAAGCAGACAAUGUCUGCUAGAAAUACCUCUCAUGUCAAGAACUAUGAAGCAGCCCUCAAGGGAAUUGAGGGCCUGCACUUGAAAGUGAUGAGAGAAUUCAUUAUUAAAUGCUCAACUAUACAAAUUGUCGUAAACCGUGAACUGGUUGAUGUACUAAUACAUUUUCCAACAGAGUAUUGGAGAGGUCAAG